AUGUCUCGGCAUCAAGAUGAUGCGCAGCCAACCAUACCAGAGGACUCGGAAGUUGCAUGUACCCCAGCACAUAUCCCCAUUCGUCAGAGUCCGAGCGAAGGCUCUUUGACAACCAACACCAACGAUAAUGAUCACCAUUCCAAGGAAAGCGAGAAAUCCCCAGUGCUAGAGGACGCUCAGUCAUCGGGAAUAUCCCUGCCUCGAGUUGCCCAAGUCGAUGAUGUUGAUGAAAGUCUGGCAACAACUGAUAAAGCCCCAUGGAAAACCCAGCUCCAAACACUCUGGCACUGGAAGCCCAAAGCGGCUAGGUAUGACCCCGACAACCCUCCCAAGUUUACUAUCUGGAUGAAUAUGCUAUUCGGGUUUGCAUCAUGCUUCACCGUAUCCAACCUGUACUACAACCAAGCGGUCCUAAACAAGAUCGCAGAGACCUUCCAUGUCACCUUCGAAAAGGCCUCGUCGGUAGCCACGCUGAUGCAAGCCGGCUAUUGCAGCGGUUUGCUGUUCAUCUGUCCGCUAGGUGACAUCUUUCCCCGACGACCGUUUAUCCUUGGGUUGAUAGCUUUUACUGCGACUUUGUGGAUCCCCCUCUGCCUAACAACCUCCUUCCCUUCCUUCUCUGCCAUAUCCUUCCUCUGCGGCGCCACAACCGUAACCCCGCAGCUCAUGCUCCCCCUCGUCGGCGACCUCGCCCCUCCCUCCCGGCGCGCCUCUUCUCUCGCAGUAAUCGUAUCAGGCCUCUCCCUCGGUGUCCUCCUCGCGCGCACCCUCGCAGGCGUGCUCGCCAAUUUCACCUCCUGGCGCAACAUCUACUGGUUCGGCUUAGGUGUGCAAUGGCUCGUGUUUGGACUCUUAUACAUAUGGAUGCCCGACUACCCGUCCAAAAACCCUGAUACGAAAUUUAACUAUUUCAAGAUGCCGGUGCAGAUCGCGCAGCUGCUGGCGACCGAGCCGCUGCUUUUGCAGGCGGCGCUGGUGGCGUUCCUGCACAGCGGGAUUUUUACAAGUUACUGGACCACGCUGAGUUUCUUGCUGAGCAGUCCGCCGUAUGAGUACUCGCAGGUGGUUAUUGGAUUGUUUGGGUUGAUUGGCGUGGUGGUUAUUGUGUGCGCGCCAAUUUAUAGCAGGCUGAUUAUUGAUCGGUUGGUGCCGCUUGUGUCGGCGAUUAUGGGACUGGUGGUUGAGACGUUGGGCGUGGUGGUAGGGACGUCGGUCGGCAGCUUUAAUGUCGCGGGUCCGGUGGUUCAGGCUAUUAUGGUUGAUUUAGGAGGACAGUUUACGCAGAUUGCGAUGAGAAGUUCGAUUUAUGGGAUUCAGCCGUUGAAGAGGAAUCGCGUGAAUACGGCGUAUAUGGUGGUCAGCUUUGCUGGGCAGUUGACGGGGACGGCGGUGGGGAAUCGGCUUUAUGCUCAGGGGGGUUGGGUGUAUAGUGGUGCUUGUGGGAUUGCCUUUGGCGGUUUUGCGCUGAUAAUUUGCCUUGUUCGAGGACCAAGAGAACAGGGAUGGAUCGGCUGGUCAGGGGGCUGGAAAUUCCGAAGAGAUGAUCUACCGUCCAAGGAAAGCGAGACGACGACGGAAGAAGCGCUCGAGGAAGCCGGCGUAGUUGGUGGUGACGAGGAGAACGGCCAACGUGGUGAAGAUUUGGAAAAUGCGUCUACCGUCCGAAACGGCAACGAUGACCGUAAGAAGCAACAAUGA